CCUAACAACUAAUGGUCUUAUCUUUCAUGAAUUAUCCUAAGACCAUGAAUCACUCCACCAAUCAUUAAUACCUGAUGGUCUUAUCUCUCUAGAAUUAUCAUUAAGACCAUGAAUCACUCUACCCACCCCUAACAACUAAUGGUCUUAUCUCUCUAGAAUUAUCAUAAGACCAUGAAUCACUCCACCAAUCCUUAAUACCUGAUGGUCUUAUCUCUCUAGAAUUAUCAUUAAGACAAUGAAUCACUCUUCCCACCCAUAACAACUAAUUGUCUUAUCUCUAGAAUUAUCCUUAAGACCAUGAAUCACUCUACCAAAUCCUUACAUCUAAUGGUCUUAUCUCUCUAGAAUUAUCCUUAAGACCAUGAAUCACUCUACCCACCCCUAACAACUAAUGGUCUUAUCUCUCUAGAACUAUCCAUUAAGACCAUGAAUCACUCCACCAAUCCUUAAUACCUGAUGGUCUAAUCUCUCUAGAAUUAUCCUUAAGACCAUGAAUCACUCCACCAAUCCUUAAUACCUGAUGGUCUUAUCUCUCUAGAAUUAUCCUUAAAACAAUGAAUCACUCUACCCACCCCUAGCAACUAAUGGUCUUAUCUCUCUAGAAUUAUCCUUAAGACCAUGAAUCACUCUACCAAACCCUAACAUCUAAUGGUCUUAUCUCUCUAGAAUUAUCCUUAAGACCAUGAAUCACUCUACCAAACCCUAAUUACACCUCAUGGUACCAUCUCUUAAAGACCAUGAAACACUCUACCAACCCCUAAUACCUCAUGGUCUUAUCUCUAUAGAAUUAUCCUUAAGAUCAUGAAUUACUUUACCAACCCAUAAUAUCUCAUGGUCUUAUCUCUCGAAGACUAUGAAUCACUCUACCAACCCCUAAUACCUCAUGAUCUUACCUCUCUUGAAUUGCCUUUAAGACCAUUAAUCACUCUACCAAACCUUAAUACCUGAUGGUCUUAUCUCUUUAGAAGUAUCCAUGUCCAUGAAUCAAUCCUCAUAAAUAUCUUUUUACAAUAAAUUUUAUAAUACAUGUACAUGUAAUGUUAUUUUUUAUUUUUUAGAUAAUUUUAGGCCACCAGAAAUAUGCCAGAGCAAAUACAAAAGAGUUGGGAACGAUUGGAGAAAAGAGUAUGUUUACAUUUCACACAGUUCUAAAAUAGUUGUGCAAAUGCUUAUGUUUUCUUCCAAGUGCACUUUUGAUAUUGAGUUAUAUAAAUUCUGGAUUUGAAACUACCUUAUUUCCUCAGUCAUAUUUAAAAAAAAAACUAUAUUUUUUUUUCUCUCUUGUUUACUUGCUUUAGAUGUUCAGGGUGAACCUAGCAAAAAGUCACAAUAGAAAUGCAUGUAUAUGUUUUUUCAUCCUUGUCUGAGAAAUCUUGUGCAACUCAACUUGCUCAGUAUGUAAUGAUGAAUACAAGUAUAUUCAAAUUUAUUCACUUAGAUAGAAUAUUUUUGUUACAGGUAAUAAAGUUCAAUGAAAACUUCCCAGAGGCACAUGUAAUAUGUUUUGCUGUAGUGGAUAAUUUUUACAGAUCAGCAGGUAACCAGCAAAUGAAAGUCCACUUUGUGGAAACUGAUGUGGUAAAAACCAAGUACCGGGAAAUUAUUGAAGGACAGUCUGUCAUCAAUCAAAAUGAACCCAGAGAAGAGGUAGCAGCAGAACAGGCAGAGCUUCAUGACAGUCUCAAGGACUCUCUGGCCCAGCACUGCUUUGAUAUGGACAUGAAUGAGAUUCGUGCUAUCAUCACAACAGUGCUGUCUCCUCCUGACAAACCCCUAGGUACUGGACGUAUGAGAGGUUUCUACCAAGAAGCAAACUGUCCAUCAUGGUGGAGGGAGACGUCAGUACCUUUUGCCUCCCUAAAUAACCCAAGAGCUGGUCAGAAGAGGGCAACUAUUGAGGAUGGAUACAAGUUGAUUGAGUCUCUUCAGGAAUUUUGCCAGGUCUAUCCACCAAGACCCAUCAAAAUGCCAAAUAGUAGCAUUCAAUUUAGAUCAAGGUUCUAUUGUGAGGCACAAAGCUCAAGCUCUGACUGUUCUGUUCCUGUCAAUGUAUCGGCUACCUUGACAUCUGUGUCUUCAACAACAUCUUCUACCUCUACCUCUGCUUCCUCUACUACUACUACCCCUUCCACUAUUACCUCUUCUACUCCUACCACUGACACUUCUACCUCUGCUAUGCCUGCUCAUGCCACUUCUAACACUGCUACUUCUACCCCUGUUACUCCUAACCCUGAUACUUCUAACUCUCCUACCCCUACCCAUGCUACCUAUUACACUGCUACUCCUAUCCCUGCCACUUCUACCACUUCUAUGCCUACUUCUGCUAUGCCUGGCUCUGCCACAGCUACCUCUAACACUUCUAACUCUGCUACUCCUAACCCUGUUACUCCUAACCCUGAUACUUCUAACUCUCCUACCCCUACCCAUGCUACCUAUUACACUGCUACUCCUAUCCCUGCCACUUCUACCUCCUCUAUGCCUACCUCUGCUAUGCCUGGCCCUGCCACCUGUAACUCUGCUACUCCUACCUGUAACAUUUCUACCUCUGCUACUUCUUACACUGCUUCUCCUAUCCCUGCCACUUCUACCUCUUCUCUGCCUACCUCUUCUAUGCCUGGCCCUGCCACCUGUAACUCUGCUACAGCUACCUCUAACACUUCUACCUCUGCUACUUCUAACCUUGCAACUUCUUACACUGCUACUCCUACCCCUGUCACUUCUACCUCUGCAACACCUACUCCUGCCACUUCUAACACUGCUCAUUCUCUUAGACAGCGAAGAGAGCAGCUUAUAUCAUUAUCAAAGGAACCCAUGAAAAAGGAAAACAGUAUUGCCUUACUGAAAAUUUUAGGUGCUGGAAACUGGAAUGAAUUGGUAGCUUUGUCAGAAGAGUUGAAGGCAUUCAUUCCAGCUUUUCCAAUUUCUCUGGCCAAGAAAUGGGAAAGGCCAACUCUAAUAAGUACCAAUAAAAGAUAUAAGGAUUUCAUUCCAGAUUCAAUCGGAAAAAGAACGGUUAUUUCCGCAUCAUCAGAUGGAAAUUGCAUUUAUAAUGCUUUUUCUAUAGCCUUGUAUGGGAAUGAAGAUGAGGCUUUUUUUCUUCGUUUGGCCUCUGUUGUCACAGUUGCUGACAACAUUUUGCAGUAUUCUAAAUAUAUGGUAGAAGAAUUUGGAAAUGAUGUCACCUAUUUGAUAAGUUCGUUGUCUGGUACAGAAUACACUGUACCAGAAAACUUAUCAGAUGGGGAAAGGAUAGAGUAUUUUUGCAUGCAGGAGCUCCUUCUGACAGCAAGGAUGCCAUUUAGAGAUUGUACAUUGUUCCACAUGCACAUCCUGUCAAAUCUACUACAAAGAGCUGUCGUGAGCCAUUAUUAAAAAAAGAACUCCAGAGUCCCGUUUAUGCAGCAUAUUUUCCCAUCAUUUCUAAAGACACUGAACACAUCUGCCAUACAUGUUGUCUGGGUGCCUACCAAGCCUAGUGUGUAUGCAACAUUACGGCAUGUUGUGCCAGCAGUCUGCCUGCCUGGUCCAUUUGGAGCCCAUUUUGAUGAGUGUGCUUUGGAGGGAAUGUCCUGUUGUGCAUUCAUGUUAAAUGCUAAUCCUGACGAACAUGCAGUGAUGGUAGAGUGCACACUUUGUGGCCAAUGGGUGCAUGAUGUCUGUGCCAGAAUUGAUGCACAAAAAAUCAAAGAAGAGGACCCAUUCCUUUGUGGGUGUGACAGGAUUGAGAAUGGGAAAUUUGUGAUAAAGAGGUAUGAUUUUUGCUAUAUCAUGCUAAAUUUUUAGUACAAUGAAUGGAUUUUGAUGCAACUGUCAUACAAGGGAGUGGUUUAGCUAGCUAUAAAACCAGGUUCAAUUUUUCUACAUAAGAAAAUGCCUGUGCCAAGUCAGGAAUAUGAUAGUUGUCCAUUAUUUUGAUGUG